AUGUCUGAAUUAAAGUCAUACACUUUCGAAGAAGUCGCCCAGCACAACACCAGAGACGAUUUGUGGAUUAUCUACGAAGGUAAGGUCUACGACGCCUCUGGCUACCUCGACGAACAUCCAGGUGGUGAAGAAGUUAUCAUCGACUGUGCUGGCACUGACGCUACUGGUCCAUUUGACGAUAUUGGACACUCCGAAGACGCUAGAGAAGUCUUGGACGGUUUGUUGGUCGGCAACCUUGAAGGCGGCGCUCCCGUCAAACAGGCUUCUACUUCCUCUCAGAUCUCCGGCGAGCAAUCCCCAUUGCCAAUGAUUAUCGCCGGUCUUGUGGUUAUCGGUGCCAUUACUUACUACUACGCUAUCUAAGCACCCCUAUAUACACUAAUGCACCUUGCUUCUAAAUGGCCUAGAUCUUUUUUCUCUUUCCCCGGAAAGUUUAUUUAUUGUUCCCUCUAACUUCAAUCAUAUCUGUAGUGAAAACUGAAUGGCUUUAUUGAUCCCGAAAUCAAACGAUGUACGCCGUGAAUAAUGUACCAGACUGACGAAAGUCUAAAUAGUGAGCGCUAGUUGUAACGGUAAUACAACAUAAAUCAUUCCGAUAGAUAUAAUUUGACCAGCCUUUG